AUGCUUGGAGUCGCACUCCAUGAAUCAAAUCAAGAUUCUAUAUGGAGUACACCACAACCAGGGGCUCCACCUCCUACUAAGGACACUUUUGAGCUAGGUUUUGGCCCUAACUGGGCUAAGGAGUAUCUGCAGUCUACCUCUGAACAACUCCACUUAGAUGAGCCAGAAGUAAAUCUCACUGAACUAGGAGCGUCAGAGGAGUACUUGGCAGAAAACACAAAGGAUGACAGUGAACUUAAGGCGACUGCAAACGAAAUAUUGAGGACUACUUCUGAAGAUCCAAAAUUUAAUUAUUCAAAGUUUAUGAAGUUUAUGCGCCAAAUAGGAGAAGGUGAAGUAGUCAUUGAAGACAGAGAAGUGCAUGACUUUUCUGAUGACUUCGCCAGUUCUUGGCUUCAGGAGCUGGAAGACUACAAACAAGAAAUUUUUGAUGAGAAGUGGAAAGAAGCCAGUGAUACAAUAGACAGAAGUAUUGGAGCAGGUGACAUACGGAAUGAUGUUUCAAAUCUGAGAAAUGUUUCAUUAACAAAAGAAAAUGAAGACAGUUCUUUUAGUUUACAUCCUUGGACUCAAGAUUAUACGGAAUAUAUAGAUUUUGCCUCCAAUUUGAAUAAGUAUAAGUUUUCGGAAGAAAACCCGAUGACCGAUCUGCCAGAUGCUGUGGCCGAGGGGCAGAAGCGACUGGCAGCUGGUGAUAUCCCUAGCGCUGUCUUGUGUUUUGAGGCGGCAGUGAAAACCGACCCAAGCAACCAACUAGCGUGGCAGCUGUUAGGUGUUACCCAGGCAGAAAACGAACAGGACCCUCAAGCAAUUGCUGCUUUCAAACAGUGUCUGGAGCUGGAUCCAAACAAUUUGACUGCCUUGAUGGGAUUGGCUGUUAGUUACACAAAUGAAAACUUUGAUCAUCAUGCUUGUCGAGCACUGAAGGACUGGCUGCGAGUAAAUCCGAAAUACUCAGAUCUGGUCCCACAAGAUGAUACAUUAAAACUCGGAGGACAGUCUAUGUUAACGACAAUGGAUCUUCAUAAAGAAGUGUGUGAUAAGUUCAUAUCAGCUGCCCGACGCAAUCCUCAGGACAUAGACCCUGAUGUGCAGUGUGGCCUAGGGGUGCUAUUUAACCUGACAAAUGAACAAGAUAAAGCAGUUGAUUGCUUCAAGUCCGCCUUACAAGUUCGCCCCAAUGACUUCACCAUGUGGAACAGGCUGGGAGCGACCUUAGCAAACGGAGGCAGACCAGAAGAGGCUGUGGAUGCUUACCACAAUGCUCUCCAACUUUACCCAGGGUUCAUAAGGGCUCGUUAUAACCUCGGGAUCACUUGUACUCACCUGGGAGCUCACAAAGCGGCUGUAGAACACUUCCUGAGUGCCCUAAACCAGCAGGCAGCAGGACGAGGGGUGCAGGGGGAGAGGUCAAUGGCAAUGUCUGACACCAUCUGGACUACUCUGCGAGUUGUCAUGACCUUCCUGGACCAGCCAGAGCUGGUACAAGCCGUCAAUGACAGGGAUCUUCAAAGAUUAAAUAGAGAAUUCAUUGAAACUGGAGAGCAUCUAAGUUAAUAUUAGAUACUACUCUACUUUAGUACUUCUCAACCUAUACAUUUUCCACGGUAUGUUAGUUUGUUAGCAAACUUAAAAAUUAAGUGAUUUAACUCUAUUUUAAUAGUUCUUUUUAAAAUAACCAGAUACAAUAUUUUAGUGUUUUUUUGUUCGAAAAUGAUUGUUUACAUGUUGAAACUAUUCUUCUUUAGUAGUAUAAGAAACUAGUUAAAGAUCUAAUGUCAUUGCUCAUUGGUUUGUUUUCACGAUUUAAUAUUUGUGUUAAGUGUUUUGUAAAUGGUAGUGUAAAACUUGGAUGUAGUGCAAUAUUAGUAUUUUCAAAUAAAUUCUGGAUGUUUCUCA